UUUCAGAUAGUUUACCGAUCGACGAUUUUAGUGAUUGUAUUUAGGAGAAAAUGUUUCAACUAUUUCAGAGUUACCGCAACAAAAUGAUGGGACCCCAGGCCAGAAGGGGAGUCCAGCAAAACCACCAAGGCAGCUUCCCUCCUGCACACCUGGACAUCUUAGACGAGGAAAUCCAGAGACUGAACUCCUGUCUGGAAAUGGAGAACGCCAGGUUAGAAGAGAACCAAAACAUGGCCGACCUGGAGGCCAAGCUGGAGGAGAUGGACUUGAAGAUAAAACAGGAGGAAGCUCUCAGAGAAAGACUUAUCAAAGAGGCCGAAGAGGCAAAGAGGGAACUAGAGAGACUAGAGAGAGAAGAGAGAGAAGAGACGUCCAGUGAUCCAGUAGAUGUUAAUCCUGCAGUCAUUGCUUCCAAGUUUCAUGAGAAUGUGAAAAACAUGAAGAAACCUUUGCAACAAGAGUUUGAGGAGUUAAAGGAGGCCCACCUCCUCAGCCGGGAAGCAUUUAUAGCUGGAAUACAGGCUGAGAGAGAGAAAAAUGAGGCCCUCCAAGAAGAACUGGACCAACUCCAGACUUCCUACAAGGAGCUGCAGUCCAAGUAUGAAGCCGAAGUUACUCUGGUGAGGCAGGAGGCCGAGACAGAAAAGUUUUAUGAAGAGAGGCUGAGUGAGGAACAACGGCUGCUGGAGAAUCUGAGAGCUGAAAAGGAUGAAAUGAUUCAAGAAAUGUCUCAAAAGAUCACCGUCCUGCAAGACAGUGAGAGACUCCUGGAGAAAGAACUGAAUCAGCUCAAAUGUUCAUAUAAUGAACUGAACUGUAACUACAAAAGUGAUGUUUGUGAACUAAAGCAAGUCGUGGAAAGAUAUCGGCAGGAUGCAAGACGUGAGAAAGACGCCAAGUUAGAAAGAGAGGAGAAGAAUCUGCAGCUCAUCAACAAGCUGAGAGCUGAGAAGGAGGAGCUCUCCCAAAAAAUGGAAAGAGAAAUAACAAUCUGGCAAAAGAGAGAGAAGAAGAUGAUCCAUGAACUGGAUCAGGUUCACGUUUCACACCAGGAGGUAAAGAGUAAAUAUGAGAGAGACAUUAUGGAUUUAAAGCAGCAGGUUGAAACCUGCCAGGAGCAGAUAAAGCAGGAGAGAAAAGAUCAUCUAGAGAAAACAGAGGAGGACAAGAUGCUUCUGGACAAGCUGAGAGCUGAGUUUACUGUCCUCAGAGAAAAAACAACAACAGAGAUUAAAUCCCUGCUGGAGAAGGAAAGAAAUGCCCAGGAUGAGCUGGAGAAGUUUAACAGUUUGUACCUGGAGCUGAACGUUCGAUAUGAAACAGAAAUAACUGGAAUGAAACAACAAGCAGAGAAAUAUCAGCAGGAGAUCAGUUGUCUGAAAAAUGAUUUAGAAAGAGUGAAAGAGGAUUUACUACUGGCAGAGACUCUGAGAGAUGAGAACGAAGAUUUACAACCAAAACCAAACACAGUUUUACAAGAGAUGGAGGAAACCUCUCAGAACCAAGUGGACCCGGUUAAAGACUCAAGUCCUCAGGUUUCUUCAGAGGAUGAACUCUCAGGAGAACCUUUAUCAGGUGUUUCAACAGAUCCAGAAUCCUCAGAAGAGACAAAGAUCCCUGCAGAAACCGUCCUGGAGGAUUUGGACCAUCCAGACACUGAAACCAUGAAGGACGGCAAAAAGAAAAAAUAUAAAUUUUCCAUUUGGAAAAAAGUUCGAAAGACUCUGGGACUGAAGAAACCAAAAAAGAAACAAAAGAGUGAAGAACAUCAAGAACAUGUUUAAAGUUCUUGAUUUUGAUAUUUAGGGAGGGAGAAAGACGAGCAAGAGAGGAAAAGAGGAAUCAAACCCACGGAGGUUGUAUCCUCUGUGAACGGGGCGCCAUGCCACGCUCCGUCAAAUUUAACAUUUAAAACCGAAAAGUUUGUCCCCCAUUAACAGACUAGAAAUUAGAUCCCUUCCCAACCCAACUGGAAAAAAGGUGGGCAGCACGGUGGUGCAGCGGUUAGCGCUGCGUCUUCACAGAGACCAUCUGUGUGGAGUUUGCAUGUUCUCC